AUGUCCAAUCCAUCGACCCAGGCCACGACCCACACGGUCGAGGUCAACGGGUAUAAUUUCUCGUAUCGCGAAAGCGGGCAUGGCGAACCGCUGGUCCUUCUGCACGGGCAUAUCAGCGACCAGCGCGGCUGGGACGAGCUCGAGCCCAAGCUCGCGACCCGGUUCCACGUGUACAACUACAGCCGCCGGUUCGCGUGGCCGAACAGACCGAUUCGGGACGACGAACGGUGUCCCUGGGAACAGGACGCCCUGGACCUGGCGGCCCUGAUCGAGACGUGGGAGAUCGGCCCCGUGCACGUGCUGGCCAAUUCCUCGGGCGCCGUCAUCUCGCUGUACGCGGCCAAGACGAAACCACAGCUCUUUCGGACGUUGAUGGUCGAGGAGCCGCCUCUUGUGGGCCUCUUCCUGCCGUCGCUGCCCCCGGCUCUCCCGGCGCUGCUCUCCUUCCUCGUCUGGCAUCCCAUCACCUUCUGGCCUGUCAUGCACUUCGGCGUGACGACGACGGGGCCCGUCAUCGCGCUCUGCAAGCAGGGAAAUUACGAGGAAGCGACCGAAAAGUUCUGCAGCGGCGUCAUCAACGCAAAGUAUUGGCCUCGGCUGCAGCGAAAUCCGGACCGCAAGCGCCAGGUCGAGGACAACGCCAAGUGGCUGUGCCAGUUCUUCAGGUACAGCACCCCGCCCAAGUACGGGCCGGGAGAUGCGCAGCGGCUGGAGGUGCCGACGCUGGUGAUGGCCGGCAAGGAGACCACGGCCCAUCAGCGAUACACGGCCGCCGAGCUGUACAGGCUUGUCGGGGCCGCGAAGAAAGAGAUCGCCUAUAUCGACGAGGCGGCCCAUCUGAUGCAUGAAGACAAUCCGGACCGGGUGUUCGAUGAGGUGGUGAGAUUCGUGUUCGAAGAUGCAGCGGAGUGA